ACUGGCCAAGACUAGUAGGCUUUCAGCCUCCGAGCGGACAGCAACACGAAAUUCCUCCCUCCGAAGGGAUGCGCGCGUACGGUGAAAAUUAAGAGUUUUUUCAGUGUGGUGUUUAGACAGACCCAUGUACAUACAGUGUUACAGGUGCGCACAGACAUAUACACAUACAUAAAUAUAUAUAUAAUAUAACAUACGGUAUGUAUGUAAGCGUAAAUGUGUUCGCGCGUGAAAAAUUCAGUGUAUAAAUUCGUGCAGUAAAUACUUUGUGUGAAAAAUAGAAAAAAAAAAAUAAAAUUGAGAAAAAAGUUUACAAAAUUUGCAAAUUAAAUACAGUAAAUAUUUAAAGUGCAGUGAAUGGAAAAUGCGCCAGUGGCAAAAGCAAAUAUGAAAAUUUACAAAACAAAAAAUAAAUUUUUACGUACGAAAAGUGUGUGUGAGCAGCCUUACUGUAAUUAGAGCGGAAAUUCUGGUGAAACUUGUUGGGGUCGUGUAAAGAAAACUUUGAACUUUGUAGAAAAAAAAUAAAUAAUUUAAAAAAAAAAUUCAAAAUUAAAGAAAAGCUGAAAAUUUACAGGAAAAAUAUUAAAAAUUGUAUGAAAAUUGUGAGAAAUUAAAAAAGAAUAUUUAAAAAAAAUUAUAAAAAAAAAUUAAAAAAAAAAUAUUAACAAAAAAAUUACUAAAAAUAAAAAUAUUGUUUCAAAUUUAAAAAUUGUAUAAAAAAUUCUGAGUUAAAGCUCAACAAAGUUAAGUGUAUGUGCUGCAGUGUUAAAGUGUUUGCAAAAAAAUCCUAAGUUUUGUUGGCGAAGCAGCAGUGAUUUGGAGCGUUAAAUACAAGAAAAAAGAAUCAUCUCAAACUGUCAGUUCAGAACACUAGAACGGCAACUCGCAGCAACUUCCAGCGACAGAUCUUUACUACUGAAACCAUAAAAAGAACAAACAAAUAUCGUCAUACACCAACAAAUCCAAUUUAUACGAAUGCUUUUGAAAGCCACUGUGAAAUCUACCAAAAAAAAAGUAUCUAGCCAUACGCACGAGUAUUGAAAACUGAAGCUUAUUUAAUAUCGUACCACAAAGAUUCGAUUUCCGCAGAAGUUCACACGCAAACGCCCUGCAGCGAGUUUUCCAGAACACACUCUGCCCCCAACAACUCUCGCCUCACUGGAUAGCUGCUCGCAGUGAACACAUCAAGUGCAUACAAUGUUUCACAUCUCCGCAAAGGAGUCGAGACUAAGCAAUGCGAAUAAUAGUAAAACAACAACAACACCAAAAGCAGCAGCAACCACAACAACAAUUACAGCAACACCACGAACGCAUGGCAGCAACUCUAGCGGCGACCGCAACGCAUGCCAAACCAUCGACAUACGCAAGUUGGCAGCGACAGCCGCGCAAUUAGAGGCCGCCAGUAAUGGGCAGCGCAGCAGUGUCGUGGGCACAACCGAAGCAACAACAGCAGCAGCAGCAGCGACGACGUCGGUGGGAGCGACGCACACAGCUACAGCACAAAAUUGCAACAACAACGGCAACAGCAUACACAGAAGUGGCAGCAAAGGCAGCAACAGCAGUGGCGGCUAUGCAGCAGCAACACGAUCAAGGUUAAGAGCAGCAGAGGACAACAAAGCAACAAAAACACCAAAUAAUUUAGCAGCACCAACAACAGCAACAGCCAGCGACAACAAGAAAGCCACAGCAACACUACUUAAAAUGCAUUCCAACGCGACGCCGAACACGGAGCACGUCAACGCCGGCAGCAGCAGCAGCAAUGCCAAUACCGGCGGCGCAGUGGUGCUCAAUAUUGGCAAUGCUGCGGAGUCGUUGCAGCGCCACGGCAGCGCGCGCAGCAAAUGCAGCACGGGCAGUGGCGGUGGCCAAGCGCGCGUCGCACGUGGCAGUGGGAGCGCACGCAGCCGCAGCAGCAAGCAGCGAAAAACUAGUUCCUCAAGUGCCAAGGGUGCUGGCGGUGACAGCACAACAAAAACUACAACAACAACCAGCAACAAUCCUACUAGCAAUAAGUUAAGCGCCGGCAAUGCCGAGCGCGAUACGCCGCCGCCACCAUAUACGAGUCAGGCGCACGCUAACGCGCGCAACUCGGUGCAACGCACGAGUAGCAAGCGCAGCACAAGCAAAGCGGCUAAUCAACAGCAGCCGCAGCAGCAGUCAGAAAAUGGUGGCGCGUCCACACGCGCGACGCAGCAAAAUCGUGACGCGCGCCAAUCGCAAUCGUCAUCGUCGCGUGAGCGUUCACGUUCGCGUUCGCGCUCGCGCUCGCGUUCGCAACAGCGCAGUGAUGAGGAGCGCGACGCGGCAGCAGUGAGCGCCGCGGCCAGGCAACGUCGGCGCCAUGGCAGUCGAAAUUCGUUGGCGAGCGUGGAGCGCAGCAAGAAGCGCGUUGAGGAGGAGGCCGAUGAUGAUUCCUACACGUCAUCGUCCGGCGUGAGCUGCAAUGGUUCGUGCAGUUCGGAUGAUGGCGACUCGAAUAGCACGACGUCGAGCGGCGAACCAAAUUUGCCAUAUCCGGGCUUUCCUGAGAUCUCUUUCCUCAUAUUGUCGCAGGACUCGCGGCUACGUAACUGGUGCUUGCGACUCAUCACCAAUCCAUGGUUCGAGCGCGUCUCCAUACUGGUGAUACUCUUCAACUGCGUCACACUGGGCAUGUAUCAGCCGUGCGAGGAUGAGAAGUGUGUCAAGCUGCGCUGUCGUGUACUGCAGAUCUUUGACGACAUCAUUUUCGUUUUCUUCGCGAUCGAAAUGCUAAUCAAGACGAUAGCGAUGGGCUUGCAUGGCAAAAACACCUAUAUGGCUGAUUCUUGGAAUCGACUGGAUUUCUUUAUAGUUGUUGCUGGUCUCUUGGAAUACGUAACGAAUGUGGAAAAUCUCAACUUGACGGCGAUACGAACGAUACGAGUGUUGCGUCCAUUGCGGGCAAUUAAUCGCAUACCAAGUAUGCGCAUUUUGGUCAUGUUGCUGCUGGACACGCUGCCUAUGCUCGGCAAUGUGCUGCUGCUCUGUUUCUUCGUCUUCUUCAUUUUCGGCAUCAUUGGCGUGCAACUGUGGCGGGGCAUAUUGCGUCAGCGUUGUUGGGUUCCGGAAAUGCCAGUCAUACCAUUUCCGGACCUACCUAAAGAGUACAGAGUUCGAGUCCGUGUUAACUCUGUCUCCAACUACUACGAAUUCUCCAAGGAGCAGGACUACAUUUGCUCGAAGCCCGAGGACUCUGGCAUGCAUUUAUGCGCCAACUUGCCACCCUAUCGUGUCGGCGACAUGAUUUGCACGGAACCCGCAUCCAAAUUUAGUGACAAUCUACCGACAAAUACCUCUUGCGUCAAUUGGAAUCAAUAUUAUACGGAUUGUCGUCGGGUUGGUCAAAAUCCAUUUCAAGGGACAAUAUCGUUCGAUAAUAUUGGCAUGGCAUGGGUGGCGAUAUUUUUGGUCAUUUCGCUCGAAGGCUGGACGGAUAUAAUGUAUUACGUACAAGACGCUGACAGCUUUUGGGAUUGGAUCUAUUUCGUGCUGUUGAUUGUGAUUGGCUCCUUCUUCAUGAUCAACCUCUGCCUCGUCGUCAUUGCUACACAAUUUUCGGAGACGAAAAAACGCGAAAUGGAACGCAUGCGACAGGAGCGCGCACGCUACACAUCCACCUCAACACUGGCGUCCAGCACCAAUAACUCAGAGCCGGCCACCUGCUAUGCGGAGAUUGUCAAAUAUAUAGCGCAUCUUUGGCGGCGUUUCAAGCGACGCAUGUUAAAGAAGUACAGAUUAUAUAAAUACCAAAAACAACAGCGCAACGAAGGUUUGCUGCCGAACGCCGACAAUUUGACAUUCUCACCGUCGCGCAUCAAAUGCCACCACCCGAAGUGCCCCAAGUAUGGCAAUCGCAAGCCGUCGAGUAUACAGGAUCAAAUGAUCACCGUCAUGGUGCCGCUGAAUUCCAACAAUAAUAAUGUAAGCAACAGCAGCAACAACAACAAUAAUGGUGGUGGAGGCAGCGCUGCUGCUGUGGCUAAUGGCACGCGCAGUCAUGCAACAACAACAGCAACCAACACCAUAUUAACGCCAACACCGCCAACAGCAGCGGCAGCAGCAACCACAGCGGCGACGGCGGCGUCUUCUACACUGGCGCUGCCAAUGAGUGGCACAACGACACCGCUAAUAAAUGGCACUGCCAACACUGGUUUACCGCAUAGCAUCAAUAAUAACAAUAUAAGUGUGGUCGGCCAGCAACAACAACAAGCACAGUCGUCGCAGCAACAGCAACAACAUUCCUCUUCGGAGAAUUCUGUGCAAUCAUUGGAGCAUACAACACGCAAUUCCAACCUGAAGAAGUCUUCAAAUCACUUGACACCGGAUGUGGCCAAGCAACAAGCGCAGACGCUGGGGCAGGGUCAACAGCCGGCGGGACAGCAGAAAACGAUUUUACUGAAAUUUCCCUCCAAUGGUGAUUCGGAGCAAUUAAUUCUGCAGUUGGGAAACUUGGGCAAGAGCAAUCCGUGCACCUCGGGCUUCCUCAGUCCACCCACAUCGGCUAGCCGUCGUCCAUCGGUGAUGUUCAACGAAUAUGUGCUGCUGCAUACACCGCCUGCAAUCAGCGAACCGUUAACUAUACCAAGCACAACAACAACAAAUGUGGCAGAGAAGAGCGGUACCGUGUGCUCGUCGGAGAAAAUGACGCAGGCUGGUGAUGGCAGCAUAUGGCAGGUUAAUCUCCCUCAAACGAUCAAUAGCGGCGGCAGCACCAUCGCCAAUCCGUACGCCGAUUGCUCCGAACUCGGUAUACACGACGCGAUGACAUGUCAAGAGCUUUUAGCAUUUUCUGUGGCCUUUUCAGCGGCCCUACCCACCGGCCAGAGUACGUUGGAAUCGUUUUACACCUCAUUGGCGCGCUGUGAUCCACAUACCGCUGAGGCGCUGAAGAACCAACACAAUCGCCAGCAGUCACAAUUAAUUAAACAGCAACAACAACAGUCAAAUACAAAGGUGAUAAGCGAACGCAAGCGUUUGGACAACAACACCAGCGCGGGCAAUAACACCGCCAACACAACAACCGGCAACUACAUCGAAGACUACUCGUGUUGCUAUGAUUUAUACCAGAAUGCGCUGUCACCGCUGGGCGAGAAGAAGCAGCACUCGAAGCCGAUCAAGAUUGUGAUCAGCAUUUAUCGUUGCCUGAUGCGCGUUUGCGGUGUGAUGCGUCGCUACAUAAAGCUGCUGGUGGAGCAUAAGUACUUUCAGCAAGGCAUACUGUUGGCCAUUCUCAUUAACACACUCUCUAUGGGUAUUGAGUACCAUAAGCAGCCCGACUAUUUGACCGCCAUUGUGGAGAAGAGUAACAUCGUUUUCUCGGCGAUAUUCGCUGUGGAGAUGUUGCUUAAGGUGGUGGCAGAAGGUUCAUUUCGUUAUAUUGCGAAUGGUUUCAAUGUGUUCGACGGCAUUAUUGUGAUACUCAGCGUCAUUGAGAUUUUUCAACAAUUCCACAGUGGCAAUGGCAGUAGUGGUGGUGGCUCUGGCCUAUCCGUGCUGCGCACAUUCCGCCUACUGCGCAUACUCAAGCUGGUGCGUUUCAUGCCCAAUUUGCGGCGUCAAUUAUUCGUUAUGCUGCGCACAAUGGACAAUGUGGCGGUAUUCUUCUCACUGCUCGUACUUUUCAUUUUCAUAUUCAGCAUAUUGGGCAUGUAUCUAUUUGGCGGUAAGUUUUGUAAAUUUGUGGACGAUACUGGACUCGAACGUGAAUGUCUGUGUACCGAAAUAAUCAACAAACAUCCACAAUGUGAAUGUGAUCGCAAACACUUCAACAACAUUUUAUGGGCCACUGUUACAGUCUUUCAAAUUCUGACGCAGGAGGAUUGGAAUGUCGUACUAUUCAAUGGCAUGGAAAAGACAAGUCAUUGGGCCGCAUUAUAUUUUGUGGCGCUGAUGACAUUCGGCAAUUAUGUGCUAUUUAAUUUGUUGGUCGCCAUUUUAGUUGAGGGAUUCAGUUCAGAGCGAAAUGAACGUCGCGAACGUGAACAACGUGAGUUGGUGAAAAAAUUACGCGAAGAGACGUUGGCGGAGAAUUUCAGCGAUGCUAUGUACGAUGAAUCGCGUAGCAGUGAAGCCGACUCGACAUCAACUAAUGAAAGUUACUAUGAGGUACGAAAUCGGUGGCAUAGCGCCGAGGAUGUACGAAAGCUACAAGAUGCAACCGAGUUGACACUGGACACAAAAAGUAAUAUGCAAAAGCAACAACAUCAACGCAUGCUACUACAGCCCACACAAGAUUAUCAAAUUAAUGAGAGUUAUAUGAGUGGUGUUGGUGGUGGAAGCAGUGGUUCGGGUAGCGGCAGUGGGCGUAAAUCCAGCGAUAAGGAUGGCAGUAGCAAAUUGUCGAUGGAGGAUGACAAGAAUAAGAAUUUAAAAAAGACAUAUUCUAUAAGAGAGCGUCGCGGCGAUGCACCACGCCUUUCACGUAUACGCCCAUUGCGUGAACCGCCCAUAAUUACUACGACCGCCGCAACGCCACAAGACUCGCCCAACACCACACUGGACGGCGGCAUGAGCUUUCGCAGUUGGAAUCCGCAAGAAAUGGAGACCACGGACGGUGGCGCUGGCAAUCAGUGCCCGGCUUCGCCGUCAUUACUCAGACCACCGACCAUCUUCAGCGGCGGUCAGCGCUCACUCGACGAGGGCAUACCGUCAAUUGAUCUUAUACCACCAUCACCCGUUUUAACGCACAAACCGUUGAAUAUACUAAACGCCAGCCAACUACAAGGAAGCAAUACUAAUCUAAGCAACUGUAAUUUAGUGUCUAACAGUAGUAGUUUACUCCCUAGUGCCCUAAGUAGCAAUAAUAGUAUGCAUAGUGUUGUCAUAGAUGAUAUUUCGAAAAAUUCCGAUGCUAGCGCUUCGGGUCCGAUCUUCGUGCCAACAACAAUCUCGACCGUGUCCACACCCAGCAUGUCGCUACCGGCUGCUACAGGCACCGGCACUGGCGCAGGUUCCACAAAUGGCACUGUUGGCGGUUGUGGUGGAGGUAACGCAGUGAGCAGCAUCGAAAUAUCGCCAAUGAAUGUCGCCGUUAUCGCUACCACAGGUGCUAUGUCUUUAACGUCGACAGCUACUACCACAACAGCAUUGGUAACGCCGUCGAAUGCCUCACAAGCCAGCAGCAUUGAAACGCCGCCCACACUGCCGUCUACCAACGCUUCAGCGACAAUCAGCACAUCGCUGUCCGGCAUGCAGCGUAUACCGAGCCUAAAGCGUUUCAGACGCAGCAGUUCGAAGCGCAAAAAGAAGCCCGCUGAUGCCGGCAGUGGCGCCGAAGAUGACGAACAACAGCAGCUAAACAAUGGCAGUGACAACUCAUGUCUACUGGCUCCACAUAGCAAUGGCGGCGGCGGCGGCUCUAUGCGUUCGGAUGCGUUUCUCAGUCCGUCGCGUACACAGCCUGCCAGCGGCGCAACGCUCACAGCCAACAAUCAGACGAAUCAGCAAAAGACUAAAGAUACAAAUCGUUUAAGUCCACAAAACUCAAUACGUCGUCUCUCCACAACACUUAGUAUUGGCAGCAUACCGCCGUUGGGUAGCCGUCGUGCCUCUGCGUGCAUCUUUAACUCGCAGCUCUAUCAAAACCUGAACCAACCGCCCAAAUUGUAUGCGCCCUCAGCUGCUCACCGACGUAUGUCUUCAUUUGAGUUGGCCUUCAGCAAGAGUUCACAAUUGAAUUUACAUAAUUUGGAGGCGAAUCGCAAGUCAAUGUCGUACACGAACUCCAAACUCGAUUUGGAUAAGUGGCAGAAUUCGUAUAUGAAUCUGCCAGAGCCAGAUAUGUUGCAACAAUACAUACAGGAACGUGAGAAGCGUAAGGGUUCUAUUAGUCACUAUUCGCGACAGCAGCAGCCGCAGCAAAAGCAGCAAAAAGAAAACGAGCUUGAAGAUCCACAAUAUUUGAGCGCUGAACAGCAUUCGCGUAUGCAGAGCUCUGGUCAUAUGAGUAAGCUAAAAAUACUGAUCGAACGCUUAAAACCGACAAACCUCACCGAACAAAGAGAGUCAUACUCGCUGUACAUUUUCGCGGAAGACAAUAGGUUCCGUGAGCUGUGUACGUGGUUUGUUGAACAGAAAUGGUUCGACAAUGUUGUCCUGCUGUUUAUCGCACUCAAUUGUAUUACAUUGGCUAUGGAACGACCAAAUAUACCGCCAACGAGUCACGAACGUUUAUUCCUUGCCACAGCCAACAACGUGUUCACAGCCAUUUUUACAGUGGAAAUGCUCAUUAAGGUGGUAUCGACUGGCAUGUUUUAUGGACCCGAUGCAUAUUUCACAUCCGGCUGGAAUAUUAUGGAUGGCUCAUUGGUUACAAUAUCAAUCAUUGAUUUACUAAUGUCAUUGUUUAGCCAAUCGAGCUCUAAGAUAUUUGGGAUUUUAAGGGUGUUUCGACUACUUCGUUCCCUACGGCCGCUGCGUGUGAUCAACCGCGCCCCGGGUCUGAAAUUAGUCGUGCAAACGCUCUUAUCGUCCCUACGACCCAUCGGCAACAUCGUGCUGAUCUGCUGUACAUUUUUCAUCAUAUUCGGCAUUUUGGGCGUGCAACUCUUCAAGGGCACCUUCUACUACUGUGAGGGCGAGAAUAUUAAAACAGUACGCACAAAAAUGGACUGCUAUGAACAAGGGUACGAGUGGAAGAAUCGCAAAUAUAACUUCGAUGAUCUUGGCAAUGCAUUGAUGUCAUUAUUCGUAUUGAGCUCACGUGACGGUUGGGUGAAUAUUAUGUAUACCGGUUUGGAUGCGGUGGGCGAGGACAUGCAACCAAUUGUCAAUUACAAUGAAUGGCGUCUACUCUAUUUCAUUGCAUUUAUAUUGCUCGUCGGUUUCUUUGUGCUCAACAUGUUUGUUGGCGUGGUGGUUGAGAAUUUCCAUCGUUGUCGCGAGGAGCAGGAAAAAGAGGAGAAAAUUCGACGCGCCGCUAAACGCGCUUUGCAAAUGGAGAAGAAACGCAAACGUAUGCACGAGCCACCUUACUAUAUAAACUAUUCACCGACACGUAUGUUCGUGCAUAAUGUUGUGACAUCGAAAUACUUCGAUUUGGCUAUAGCCGCUGUGAUCGGUCUCAAUGUGGUCACCAUGGCGUUGGAGUAUUAUGGCAUGAAGGAGCCACUAAUCUAUGCGCUGAAGGUCUUCAACUAUUUCUUCACGGCCGUCUUCAUAUUGGAGGCGAGCAUGAAAGUGUUGGCGCUUGGUUGGCCGGUUUACCUGAAGGAUCGUUGGAAUCAACUCGACGUGGGAAUUGUAUUGUUAUCGGUAUCCGGCAUUAUUUUGGAGGAAUGGCAUACGCAGAAAAUUCCAAUUAAUCCGACGAUAAUACGUGUAAUGCGUGUACUGCGUAUUGCGCGUGUGCUGAAACUACUCAAAAUGGCUAAGGGUAUGCGUGCGCUGCUCGACACCGUGAUGCAGGCUUUGCCGCAAGUCGGUAACUUGGGCCUGCUCUUCUUUUUGCUCUUCUUUAUUUUCGCCGCCCUUGGCGUGGAAUUGUUCGGUCGCCUAGAAUGCUCCGAACGUAAUCCAUGUCAGGGCUUAGGCGAACAUGCACAUUUCGCCAAUUUCGGGAUGGCUUUCCUCACAUUGUUUCGCGUAGCGACUGGCGACAACUGGAACGGGAUCAUGAAGGAUACACUGCGAGAGGACUGUGAUGAUGCGGAUGAUUGCGUGCGCGAUUGUUGCGUUAGCCGGGUCAUAGCUCCAAUAUUCUUUGUGAUAUUCGUUCUAAUGGCGCAGUUCGUAUUGGUGAAUGUCGUCGUGGCUGUACUGAUGAAACACCUCGAGGAGAGCCACAAACAGAUGGAAGACGAAAUGGACAUGGAAGUAGAGCUAGAGCGUGAACUUGUGCGCGAGCAGGAGUUUGAGAGCGAACAGAAGCUGUGCCAGCAGUUAGAACAGCAGACGCAACCGCCGCCACCAGCACGCCAGCUGAACAAGAUCAAAUCGUUGCCGAAGAACUUUACCUACAGCACGCCAUCGCUGGAUAAGAAAUUCCCAAGCGUGUUGAGCGGCAUAGGCAUCGGUGGUGGUGUUAGAGCCGCCGGCCUUGCUGGCCGCCGUCAAACCGUGCAAUACAUCAAUCAACCGAAUAGCAUUGGUUUGGCCGAACUGGGACGCGGCACACAAAUUGGCGCCGGUGUAGGUGCUGCUGUUGGCAGCAAUGUUGCGGCUGGUGGUAGCGGUGGUGUUGGCGCAAGUGGUGCACUACUCGCACCGCAAGCGCUCAAUGCGCGUCUUAACGCAUCAGCUGCGGAGAACAGCUUCGAUACAAAACUCCAACUUCAACCGACCGCCGGUGCACUGGGACGUCGUGGCCGUCGCAGUUCGACCGCGUUCCGUAGUAAACGCGGCCUGCUCGCCAAAGAGCGCUCUCUCGAUGAGCAGGCCAUACGCCGACGCACGCUCGAAUCGAAGCGUAUGAGUUGUGACUCGCUGCCGUGGGGCGGCGAUAGCAACGAUUAUCGGCGUGGCACUAUUUUCGAAAGUCUCGAAUCGGAUGGCGGCGGUAGCCCCUCUUCAACGUAUGAUGUGCGUAGCAUACGCAGCGAAGACGUAGCUGCGACAGCUAAAGCUACAGCACACGGUAGUGGCGCCUCCGAUGCGCUGAGCAUUGUGAGCGCCAGCGUAAUCAGUGAAAAGAUCACAACACCUAUAAUAACACCCUUAUCAACGAAUGUGGCAGCGGCAGCUUUGCCGAGCGUUGGCACAACAGCCAACGCAACGGCGCCACGUCGCACCUAUGGACGUUCACUCUCCACCGACCAAGCAUAUGCGUCUAGUGUUGGCGGUUCGAGUAGCGGACGCGGCGGCUUACUGUCCGUACCGCGUAGCAUGCCACCACGCAGCCGUAGUGGCAGCACAAAACAAUUAUUUAAGCAACAAGCACUCGACGAAGAUCCCGAUAUGGAUGAGAACACUCUACUAUUACCCAUUGUGGUCGAGAGCAGCUGUGAUGGCAAUGCGACCAACAGCAGCAGUGGCAUCACAACUGCCAACGGCAAUGGUAAUGGCAACAUGCACAACACUAACGACAAACUUAACAAUAAUAGCUGUAGCGGCGCUAAUAAUCGCAUUGCCACCGCCAAUGGCAACGGCGCUACAGCUGCGGUCGUGGAACAGCUUGCUUUAAGCAAAUCUGACUCGGCCGAUAUAAUGCGCAUCAUUUCGGAGCGCAGGCGCAUGGAUCAGCGUGAUAAUAGCGGCAAUGAGGAUUCAGACUACAAAGAAUUGCUGCUGGUGAAGUCACCGCACUCCUCCACGGAUGGCUAAAUGGAAUUAAAUACUAUAAGCUAGAAGGUAGUAUGCUAGAUUAAGUUAAUAUUUACGUGCUAAGUAAAUGGAAUUUUAGUAGUUAGCUAUAUAGUCCUUCUAACGAGUAUGCGCAAGAAUUGAAAUAUUUUAGUUGCAAAUUGUAUAUAGAAACGUGUCCUCUAAGUGCUAAAUUUGGUGCAUACAACAGUCGUUAGUUUCAAGAAAACUUCAUUUUUCGUGGAAUACUUAAACCUACGAACUCAAAAGCAGUAGCAAAAACUUUGAAAUAUCUUAGUGGACUUUUUAAAACUUUUUCUGCCACAAAUAAAGACAAUUCGACCUAACCUUUAACACACAAAACUCAUGCUUUCUCAGCAUCACUAACUCGAACAACUCAGAAGGAAUGCGUGGCCAGCCAAAUUUUUUUCACUGCAAUUUCAAAUGUAACUGAAAGUCUUGCAACUUUCGCCGCUAAAACUUCUGUAAAUGUGCCACUACUGAAAUAUCAGAAAGCCAUUAGCUCUUUUGAGAAAAACAAUGAAUUUAGCAAAGUUCUGCACCAAUUAUAGCUUGUUUACACCAUGUUAUCCCCAGUAUUUCGGCAUAAACAACAUAAAAUCAGUAGUUUAAAGCUAAAAUUCGAAAAUAUAGAAAUUUCUUCAUUUCAGCCCUAGAAACGUAUGGAAAUUUAUAUGAAAGGCAAAACACAACAAAUUUGUUGAAUUUAACAAAAUUCACCACCAAUCAGCACUUGUUAUCAUUUAGCCGAGCACUAAACCGGCGCUUUAAUAGCUUUUGACACACUUGAAAAAAAAUACUUCCGCUAUUAAAUAAUAAUAUUUUUCUCGGUGUAAGCAAAUUUCGUGCGCUGAGCAUAGCAUCAUAACAAUUAUUACUUUUUCAGUUAACCUUGCUGCAUACAACUCUGUAGUUAUGAUAGUGGGGCGCUUGUGUCAACUUUUAGGGAAUUUUCUUAGCUAUACCACUAACUGUAUAAAUGUUUAGCACUAAAUUCGAAAAAUCGACUUUCUGUUUUCAAUUUUUCAACGAAAAACAGUAAAUAGAAACUAAUAGUAUUAAAUGAAAAAUGUAAAAAAACAUACUUUUAAGAAAAACUUGCAAAAAAAUAUGUAUUUAUGUACAGAUGACAUCAACUUUAGACUAGUGCAGUUGUUGACAAGUAAUUUUUGAAAAAUUAAAACAACAAAAACGAUUGUUUCAUAUUACAGUUAUGUAAAUGCAACACUGUAAAAGUUGCAAAUUUGUCUCUAAAAAUCAUCAACUCUGUGAUUAGCUGUAAAAAAAAUGUUGAUUAAAAAUCAUAGCUCAAAGAUGUUGAGAAGAUAUAAUAUAUGUACGUAUGUAGCUACAAAUUACUUUUAAUUAAUUACAAUUGUUUGUAUAUAAACGAAACUAUUACAAUGCAGCCAUAAUUGCAAAUAUAUUGCAAAUUAUAUUAUUAUAUAAUUUUAAUUGAUAACAAAGAGGUAAAACGCUGUUUGGCGCAAAAGUUGGCAACACUUGAGCGCAUAACCUUCCUAAACACAACAAGUGGUGCAGAUUGUGCAAAAAUUGCAUCUAUCGAUACAAAAAAUGUGUAAAAAUAUAGAAAAUAUGUGUUUAGCAAUUAAGUUUAGUUAGCGUUUAAAGGAAAAGUAGCGUUAAAAACUGAACAAAAGUCUUAUAAAAACUUUUAGCACACAGAGCUGACGGUUCACAAAAGCCUUGUGAAAACUUUUAGCACACAGAGCUGGCGCGUAACUACAAAAUUUAUGAAACGUGUUUAAAAUGAAGCAUUAUUUAGCAUUAAUUAUUGUGUGUACUAAAAAAAGUGCGGUUGUUGUCAACGAAACGCAUUGAAAUAUUGUUUUUUAAAUAAAUGCAAUAUUAGCGAUAAGCGAUAAACGAUUAACGAUUAAAGUAAAACGAUAUGUACCACACAACAGUUAUGAAAAAGUAAAUAAUAGGCAGAAAAAUUAUGUAUGUACACUAUGAAAACUUUCCUAAAACAAAAAAUUCAAAUUAAAGAAUUUAAAUAAUAGAAUUAGUAAUUAAAUAAUAAGAAUUAAAAACAAAAAAAGAAUAUAUUUCAAUAACAAACAAAUACAAAUUUAAUAAGAAAAAAAUUAAAAACAACAAAAUAUAUUAUAAAAGGAAAUGAAAACAGUUGUAGCGCAUUUCUUCUCCCUGAAAAGUCUUCCUCAUCUUUAAGCAAAUAUGAAAAAUAAAAAAAUGUAUCUACAAAUGUAUUACUGCAAGGUAGAGAAAAUACUAUUAAAAAUUUAGGAGCUGUAAAAAUGAAAUUGUUUAAAAAUUAGUGAAUUUGUGCAGCAUUUAGAUGUAAAUUGUACUAAUAUUUGUAAAAUAGAACUUGUUAUGCGCCAAUAAAUGAAGAUUUAGUAAUAUUUCGUUGAAAAAAAAAACAAAAAAAAUAUGUAAAUAAAGAUUUAGUAAUAUUUCGUUAAAACAUAAACGAAAAAAAAUAUAUGUAAACUGCAAUAGUAACAAAUAUAUUCUAUAAGAAAAGUCAUGUAAAAAAUCAUAGAAAAAGUUACACACAACACUCUACUGUUAAACGAAAAAGAUUUUAAUAAACACAGAUUUUCAACAAAUGACAAUCCGAGCACACUGCUUUUUAUUUUUGUUGCUAUUGUUUUGCGGUUUGUUUAGUCCAGAUUAUUUUUUUCAGCACAUGCCUUUCUCAAACAUGCAUUUUUUAAAUUACAUAAAAUUUUAUUUCAAAUAUUUUAAAUUGAAAGUAACAGUUUUUUAUUGUGAUUUUUGCAAUUCAAAUAUUAUCGUCAGACACUGCACUCAAAUGAUCUACAUAGUAAUGAUUUAAUGUUCGCAGCAGUUUUGCAACAACAAAAAGUUGAAUUUAUGGUGAUGUGAUCCAAAGUAGGCCACCAAGGAAGAAUGUAUGUUAUAGGAUAUAACUUUUCUACAAACUUUUGUUCUUAUAUUGAGUGAAUUGUAAGAAGAAAAUAUGAAUCAAAAUCGAACUCACUGCAAGGACUCAAAAGGUUAUAAGGAGAAACAGACUUAAGACCAAUUCAACUUCAAAUCUACAAGUUCGUACUCUUGAAUUCAAACAUUACUCAACAUAUUUAAGCUAUGCUUGUUUAAAAUGGAAGAAUUUGUGCAAAAUCGUAUAAAAGAACUUUCACAAGUGUCCAACAACAAAGCGUCAAAUUUUGUUUUGAGCAUUAAAGGUUUUACACCUAAUACAAGGUGAAUACUCGGAAAGUUGAAAAAUAAUGUAAAAUGUCAACAAAAAAUUUGUUCAAAAGCGUAGAUCAGACCUAUCAAGGAUCAUAUUAUAUUUUUUAUUAAUUAAGUUAACAAACUUACCGUUCAUAUUUCAUUUGACAGCUGCUAUAUCAGGCGAUGCGUAUUUUUCAUUACACAAAAUUUAUUUAUUUUACGUUCAUUUAUUAAUAUUGUCUCUAGUUUUGUUUUUAAAAUUUUACGUUUUUUUAUUGACACACAAAACACCACUUUUUUGAUAUUUUUUUACAGAACACACUAAGGAAAUUUUAAUUUUUCCUAUUUUCUUAUUUGCACACAACCACUUAUUUUAUUUUUAUUUUUUCAAAACGCCACUUUAUAUUUUGCCUUAUUAUUUACUUUUUUCUUUUUUAUUACUUUAGUGAAAAUUUUAAUUUUCACAUAUUUAUACUUAUUUACACACAACCAAAUUUUUUUCAAAACGCCACUUUACAUUCAGCUUUAUUUUUUAUUACUUUUUUUCUUAACACCUAACCAGUUUAAAUUUAAAUUUUCACUUAUUUACACACACAUCUACUUUUUACUUUUUUUGCUUUAUUUGCACUUAUUACACACACACAUCUACUUUAUAUUAACUUUUUUUAUUUAUUUAUUUUUUCUUAUUUUAUAUUUUUUAUUUCAUUUUUUAUAUUUUUAUUUAAUAAACCUUUUACCUUUUUCCAUUAUUCACACACACAUCUACAUUUCACUUUUUUAACUUAUUUCUUCUUUUUUUUCAAAGACUAACUUGGGAAAUUUCAACUUUCCUCUUUUUGCUAUUUUUUUAGACACAUUUUACUUUUUCUGCACUUUUUCAUUUAUUUUUUACUUUUUUCGUAACACACUAUUAAUGGAAAACUUAAAUUUUCACCUUUUUUGCAUUGAUUUACACAUACAGACAUAUUACUCUUUUACUUUACAUUCACUUACUUCUAUUACUUCUACUACUUUUUUCUUGGGAAAAUUUAAAUUUUCUCCAAAUUUUUUACUAACUUUGGCAUUUUUUUCAUUUUCUCUUUUUUCUUAUUUGCCUAUGCACCCAUUUUUUUACUUUUAUAUUUUAUUUUUUGCUUUUUUCUUUUUUUACACAUUUAUUUAUUUUAUUUUUCAACAUUUUCACAAUUGCACACACAUUAUUUACAUUUUCACUUACAUAUUUUAAUUAACACACUACACACUUCCGAUUUACUAUUUUGCAUAAUUUUUUUCAUAACCGCGCACACAAUAUGCAAUUUUUCAUUGUUAUUAGUCUGUUCUUCUACAAACUUUAUGUUCAAACCUGCACAAACAUGAUGUGCUCUUUACCCGUUAUUUUCACUGCAGUUUCUUGACGUGUAUUAAAAAGUUUUAUUGUUAUUGUUUAUACAAAAUUCUGUUUAUUUCCUUCACUAUUAUCACUUUUAUCAAUAGCUUACUUUUUAUUUUCCACAAUUGUGAUAUUUUUAAGUAUUUUCCGUAUUUUCCAAUUAAUUAUUUAGCCUUUAUAUAAAACACAAGAGUUCGUCACUUUAAACUUCGUUUUUUGCUUUACUCCACGUCAAACUGCAAACAUCAUACGUUCAAACUUGCACAAACAUGAAAUGCAUUUUCCCGUUGUUUUCACUGCAGUCUAUCACCGAAUCUGUUAUAGCUAUUUAUGCAGAAUUCUGUUAUUUUCCUUCACAAUUUUUACUUUUAUCAUUAGUUUACGCUUUAUUUUACACAAUUGUGAUAUUUUCAAGUAUUUUCCGUCUUUUCCAAUUAAUUAUUUCGUCUUUACAUGUAAGCAAGUGUUCACCGCUUUAAGCUCCGCUUUCUGCACACACACAAGGUCACUCUCAAACUGAGCCUUGCCACAUCAACACACUGAAAGAAAUAGUGAGAAAAAUGUAAAAUGUAAAUCUAUUACAAUUUUUUCGAAUUAUGUUAUGUUUUAUUGUAGAUAUAUAAUGAAAUGUUGUAUUAUCAUUGCAUAAUUUCACUGGAAGUAAUGAGAAAAAAGAAAACGGUAGAAGUCCAUGUCAGUACAGGUGGACUUGUACCGUUCUUUCUUCUCACUGCUGCCGGCGCAUAAACUAAAAUAUUUAAUUAAGCUAAUUUAAGUAGUUAAGAUAUGCUAUAAGUUUUAUAAUAGCGAAUUUGUGCAUAACACACUAACAAACAAACAAACUUACAAAGAGUUUCGUGUUACUGUAGAUAUUCAUACAUUGUAGACAGACUUAAACUGUAUAUUUAAUAAGAAAAAAUAGCAGGAAAUUUUAAAACAAAAAACUAGCGAAUUUUCUGCAUAUAUUAAAGCGUGUAUGUAUGUAUGUAUUGAAACUUUAUAUACAACUUACUAUUGCCUUUUUCUGAAAACUUUUUAAAAAAUGUAGCAUAGCAUGUGUUUAACACACUAAAAAAUCUAAUGUAUAGAAAUAUUACUAACAAAACACUUUUUACAGCAAGUUUGUAAAAUUAAAAAAAUAAAAUAACUUUAUAAAAAUACUAAAUUGUAGCGAAAUUGUAAAAACAAAAUAUAUAUACAACUGUACAACUUACACAAAUAUAUUGACUAUAUAGUUAUAGUGUGCUAUUCAACGAAUUAGAACUUGUAAAUUUUUUAAAACUAUGAAAGAAAAAAUUUCAAAAUUAGAAAAGUUGCAGCAAAGAAAAUUUUGCGAAGAAAAAUUGCAAAUUUAUGCCUAAAAAAUAACUGUCAAUUUCAUGUUUUUAUGUUUUUCUCUCAUAAAAAAAAACAAAAUUUAAAAACAAAAAAUUUAGAAAAAAACAAAAAUUUUCAAACCUACAAAUUUUUUUUUAACUUCAAAAUUUCUAUAUUUUUUUAUAUAAACAAACUUUAAAUUUACUAUUCACUAUAAUAAAGCAUAUUUUUUGUUUUCUACACAAAAGCACUCAAUUUUUGUGUCACUCAUACGCACCUCACCUGACUUUCUCACAUAUAAACAUACAAACACAAAUUUCAAGCUGUGACUGCGCACGUUGAUCGUGUAGCUAAACCUUUUAGUAUGAAAAGUUUAUAGUAAAACUUAAUAAAAAUUUACUAAAAAUAAUUACAAAUGAGAGAAACAUAAUUUCUUCUGUGCCUUUCUACUCAAAACAAAAAUUAAAAAAAAUCUCUAUACCUAUUACUAUAUACACUGUGAAAAAACACACAUUUACACUUUCGAACUCAACAAAAAAAAUUACCUUAAGUGACUUUCUCUCGCGCCACACGUUCACAUUCACUUCGUAUUCAAUUUUGGUAAACUAAAAAGAGAAGAGUAAAAAAACAUGGAAAUUAGCGAAAGUAGUUGAUAUAUAUUGCAAACAGUUAUACUAACAAAUAUGUAUAAAUAAAAUUUAGUUAAAAAGAUUAAGAACACCAUCUAAGCUGAUUUAAGUAACAUAAUAAUUAAGCAGAAUAUAAAAAUAUAAAUAAAUAAAUAAUGAAAAAAUUAGAAUUAUAUGUAUAAUGUUUAUAUAAACAAUAAAAAUAUGUAUGGCAUAUAGAAAAGAAAUUAUAAAAAACUAAUAAUUUUAAAAUUUUGAAUCGGUAAAAUUUGCUGAAUAAAUUGGUUACAUCUAAAUUAUUUUGGUUAUUUUUGAGGUUAUAAAUUAAAAAAAUUAUGUUUUUCAAAGUUUUAUACGAUAAAAUUUACUGAAAACUACUUUCAGUUGGUACUAAAUUAUUUUGCUUUCUUUUGAGGUUAUAAUUUUUUUUAUUACUUGUUUUACUGAUGCUGAACCAUGCUAUUUUUUUCAUUUUUUAAUCAUUUUUUACUAUUUGUUUUUUUUUUUUAAUUUUUUAUUAUUAUUUUUAAAAUUUUUGAAUUGUUUAAUUUAAUUUUUUUUUAUUUAAAAUUUUUUUUUUAGUUUAAAAUUUUUUUUUUAGUUUAAAAUUUUUUUUUUAUUUAUUUAUAAAAAACGAUUUUUCACAGAAAUAAAUUUGUAAAAAUUAAAAAAAAUUUAAGAACAGUUGAAAAAAAUUAAUUAAAAUUAGCAUGAGUUAGAAUUGGAAAUUAAAAGCUUAUUAGAAAGCCAAAAAUAUCAGUAACAACGCUAACAAAUACCGAAACAAUAGCUUAGAAAAUUUGAAAAUUUAAUUGUUUGAGAAACAUUAAUUUUAUAAGUAUUUCGAGAAUGCAUAUAAAUUGAUGAAUUUUAAAAAAUAGCAAACAGCAUAUUACAGUAAAAAUGUGUUAAAUUGAACUUACAAAUAAUUAGCGAAAUUAUAUGGAAAACAACAAUAAAAUAGCAGUAAAUAGAAAGCAAAGCAAACAAACUGAAAUAUUUUGAAAAUUACGUUGCAAAUGUUACAUAAAUAUUUAAGAUAAAAAUAUUUUAAUAUAAAACAAUAAAAAACUAAGCAAAUGCAAGCGAAAUUAAACAAUAAAUUGACAACAACAAUACAAUGAAUUGAACACACUUUCACUGACAAGUAUUUCGAAUGCAUUUAAGUAAAAAAAACUAAAAAAAAUACAAAUAAAAAAUAAAACUUUUACGAGUUGCCAAUUUACGUAAAUAAAAUUAUUUAACAAAAAUAUAAUAAAAAAAA